ACCUGAGCCAAAACCAAGAGUUGGAUGCUUAACCGACUGAGCCACCUAGGCGCCCCCUAUUUUUAUUUUUUAAUUUGAGAAAUUGGUUUGUUGUAACAUUUCUAUGAAAUUAGUAAAGCAUUUUGACAGAACCCUUUGACAAAAGUGACCUCAAGGUAUGCAGUCAAGACCACUCCUUGAAGGAGUUCACAUAGCCUCAGGGGCCACAGAGCCCAUCAGUGGAUCCGUAACUCAGCAGUGUCCUCUCAGGCUGGGAGUCCUGUCAGAGCUCAGAUUUUACAGGUGGUUGGAGAUCUUACCCUCAGCUGAGCUGCUUUAAAACAUGUAUGAUUUCAGAUGUAGCUACAAAAGAAAACUGUACUCCAGACCCUCGACAGCAAGUAUAAUUUUGCAUUCUCACUCAAUGCCUUACUGAGCCUUGCUUGAAAAGAGAUCAUAUUUCUGGAAGGUUGCCCAAAGGAUCUGCAGUUACCCAUCCUUCUAUGUACCGUAUAAUCUGAAUCUAUACUCCCUGGAUUAAGGUUACCAGAUAAAUUACAAGACAUCAGUUAAAGUUGAAUUCCAAGAAUGAAUUUUCAUAUGAAAUUGAUCUGAAAUUCAAAUUUAGCUGCGAAUCUUGUAUUUUUAUUUGCUAAAUCUGAUUCUCCCUAUGCUGGUGGGCUAUUGUGCUUUUCUGUGGUGACGUCUGAUUUCGUUGAAUUAGUAAAAAACAACAACAACAAAAAAAACCAAAGCCUGUGAGAAGGAUGCCCUAUAAAUGAUUGGUCAGCAUCACCUAAUUUGGAAUCAACAAUCUAUCCUCUGCUCUCAACCAGCUGUGUGACUAUGAGUAAGUUACUCAACUUCUCCAAAAUUUCUCCAAAAUUACCUUAGGUAACGUGAGAAUAAACCAUACCAAACUCUUUGUAUUUUUGUGCAAAUCAAAAAGUAGAAGAAGACUCUUUGGACCAGAGAAGAAUUCAAUAAAUGGCAACAUCUCAUUGUGCUUUUUGAAACAUGGAUGAUACUCCAAGUCCUCUCGCAAUGAGCACCUCUGAAGGAUACUUCUCCACCCUGGCCAUCAGGAAUAGAUGUGCCUUUAAUCCUGCUUCCCCACCCACCUAGACUUACAGACACUUGUUUGGUGGAUGGACACAGGGCAUUUUGGAACUGAUUUUAUUUACCUCUUUGCAUUAGCUACUUGACAGCAUGGAGACUAACUUGGGCUCUUUCUACAGCAAGUACGUACAUAGGAUAUCACAACAAGAAAUUUAUAAUAAUCUCUCCCCUGUUUUUGAUACACUUUCUUUUUAACUAUAUUUUAACUGUCUGUAUUAUAUGCUGCUUUGCAAGUAUUCAGCGUUUACAUUUCCUGAACAUGAGCUGAGUAUCUCUUUGAGAAGGGCAGGGAGAGGAAGAGCUCUGGAGGGGUAUUCAGGUGAAUCAGGCAUACUCCUUACUUAUCUUAUGGGGUUAGAACGGGAAGGGACAAGGGAAACACUUCACAGAACCAGACAGAGCUGGCCCCAGGAGCAACUCAGCUCUUUUCUGCAGUGCUUCCUUUCCCAAACUUACACACCACCUCCCAAGUCAUCUGAGCUUCGGUUUCUGCAAACUAAGGAUGGAGAAGAAGAGCUCUGAGGUCUUUCUCAGCUCUAAUAGCCUGAUUCCAAGCAUAUGCUCACAGAGAGACCGCAGAACUUCCAGAAGCCUGGAUUCUCCUGCCAGCAGCACCACCGACCUCUCUCGCUUCCUUCAUCUGUACCAUCAGAGUGACAAGUGCUUCAUGUACCACACAAGGUAGUGUGAAAUACAAUGAAUACAGCCCAAACCAGUGAUGUGUCUACCUUAUGACCCGGGUUUAAAUUCUGGUGAAUUAUAAAGACACAAAGAAUUGCUCUUGCUUGAGUCAAAUUUGCAUACAAUAAAAGGCAAGAUUUUAAGUUUGAUGAGUCUUGACAAUUACGCAUACUUGUGUAGCUAUCAUCCCAAACAAGAUAGAAAUAGUUCCAUCACCCCCGGACGUUCCAUCCUUCCAUUUCCCAGUCAAUCCCUCUCCUCAGAGGCAGUGUUCUGAUUUCUAUCUCUAUGGAUUCGUUUUGUCAGAUCUUGAAAUUUCUAUCAGUAAAGUUAGGCGCACAGCAUUGUGACUCCCUACUUCCACACAAUGUAACAUUUUGAAGAUUCAUCGAUGUUUUGCAUGUGUCAGUAGUUUGUUCCUCUGUAUUACUGAGUGGUAUUCCAUUGUAUGGCUGUACACGGUAUGUUUAACCUAACCCUGUUGGUGGACACAUGGGUGGUUUCAUGUUGUACCUACUGUGGACCUGGAGACUGUGAACACUCUUGUGGACUUGUGUUUCUAUUUUUCUUAGCUCAAUACCUAGGACUGGUCCCUUUUUGGAAACUGUCAAAUUGGCGAACUGUACCAUUUUAUGUUUCCUACGGUUAUGUAUGAGACUGCUCUUAUGAUUGAGUCAAUCCUCACCAAUGACUGGUAUUGUCAGGCUUCUUUUCCUUUUAGUUAUUUCAGUGGGUGGCAAAUGAACCUCAUUAUGGUUUAAUUUGCAGUUGCCUGUUGAUUAAUGAUGUUGAACCUUUUUCAUGACCUUAUUCACCAAUAAGAUUCAUGUAUUGCUCAGUGAAAGUAAAGUCUUCUGCACAUUUUUAAAUUGUGUUGUUUCUCUUCAUAUUGUUGAUGUGUGGAAAUUUUUAAAAUAUAUUCUGUAUAUAAAUUCCUCUUCAUAUAGGUGUAAGGUGAGAAUUGUUCCAGGCUUACCUCCUUAUCUCUUCCUUUUUUUUAAAUGAAAUCAUUGAUUAGCAGACAUUUUUAAUUUUGAUAACACCCAACUGAUCAAUUUUUCUUAUAUGGUUAGUGUUUUAUGUGUCCUAAGUUUUUGUUUGUGUUUGUUUUUGUUUGUUUUUUGCUUGUUUGUUUUUAUCUCAACAUCAUGGAGAUAUUCUCCUAUGGAUCUUCACGAAGUAUUUAUGGUUCCAGCUUUUAUGUUCACUAUGAUCACAUUGUCCACUGUGAAUUAAUAUUUGUAUAUAGGAUGAGGGGAGGGUUAAGCUUCAUUUUUUCCCCCACAGAGAUGCCCAAUUUUUUCAGCAACACUUGUGAAAAAAUUUUCUUUCUCCAUUGAAUUGACAUGGUGCUCUGGUCAAAAAUCAUAGGCUGUAAAUGUGUGGGUCUAUUACUCUACUCUCUAUUAUUUUCUGUUUAUAUGUUCAUGCAAAUAUCACAGUUAAGAUUAAUAUUGCCUUAUUGUAAACCUUCAAGUCAGUGUAAGUCUUUGUUCUUUUCUCCCCAAGAUUGUUCCAACUAUUCUAGAUCAUUUGCAUUUUCACAUAAAUUGUAGAAACAGUUUCUCGAUUUCUUUGAAAAUUCCUCCUAGGAUUUGGAUUGCAUGAAAUAUAUAGACUCUAUAACGUAUAGAGUCAAAAAUGUAUAGACUAUAUAAACUCCACAGUUUGUGCAGAAUAGAUCUCUUAACAAUUUUUAGGUCUUUCCAAUCUUCCAAUUUUUAGGUCUUUCAUUUUUCUUGGCAGUAUUUUGUAGAUUCCAUUGUAGACAAUUUGUACAUGUUUCAAGGGACUUAUACCCUGGUAUUUAAUUUUUAUGGUAUUAUACGUGGUAUUAUUAACAAGUUUCAUUUUUCAAAUUUCCAUUACUAGUAUAUAGAAUUACACUUGAGUUUGUAUAUUGGCUCUUUAUUCCAUGGUUUUGCUGAACUCACCUAUUAUUUCCAGUAACUCUUUUGUGAAUUUCAAAGGGGUGAUCAUGAAAUCGACCCUCUGUCAAAAACAGUAGUUUUAUCUCUUCAUUUCCAAUCUGUAUGUCUUCUAUUUUUAUUUCUUUGCUUAUUACAACAGGAUUGUCCCAGAUGAAAGAUAACAUCCUUAUCUUGUUCCCCAUCUUAGAAAAAAAAAAAGGAAAGUGUUUUGGUAUUAAUGAUGAAACUACCUACAGGUUUCUUAUAGACAUUCUUUAUCAGAUCAAGACUGUUCCUUUCUAUUCUCAGUAUUCCUAGUGUUAUUUGAAGAAAGCCUGUUGAAUUUUGUCAGAUGCUUGUUCUUAUUGCAUUUGAGAUAAUUAUAUGAUUAUUCUCUUUUAUUAUAUGAUGAAUUAUUUUGACCGAGUAAAAAGGAUGAAAACCACUGUCUCAUUAAACGUUCUUCCUGUCAGCCAUGGUUUCGUUCUUCACUUUUCUUGGAAAGACCCUACCACAGACCAGUCUAAAAAUGUAUCCUGAGUUCUACCACACUAAAACAAAAAAAAAAAAAAAAACAAAAAAUUAGGAGUACAAGUUCUCCUUUGCCCUUCUUUUGUUCUAAACAAUCUAAAAUUUCAGUUCAACACCUCUGACCCCUCUCCAUUACUUCCCAGGAGAGAACCGCCCCCCGCCCCAACCCCCAGCACAGGCAGAAGGCCUCGGCACAGAUCUGAGGCUUCAGUGCUUCAGACAAUGGCUUCCUCCUCACCUUGGGUAACUUCUAGAAGCCGUCCUGUCAUUUUGGGGCUGUUACUUGGCCUCUUUCCUAUCUACAGCCCCCCACCCCCGGCUCCUUCCCCUUGACCACAGACGGUGCCCCUCUGCCCCACGGGCGGGUUGACUUUACUCUGGUGCAAACCUUUCGGCGGCCUGUAGGGUGUGUAAGAGCAGCACCGAGCGCCCAGGGCACUGCGGGUCCCUCGGCCACCGCCCACCAGCCCAGACUUCCCGAGACCCGCCGCGCCCCGCCGGGGACCGCAGCCGACCUCCGUGCAAGGGCGAGGCGGGAUUUUCCAGCUGUGUGCAGUCGCCGCCGCGAUCAAGCAGCUCCCGGAACUCAGAGGCGGGGCGCCCAGGUGGAGGAGCCCAAACCCCAAGAACGCUGGGAGGGGCGCCCCAGACAAGGAGCACUCCGGGGCCGGAACGCCUGGGCCAGGGCGUACCCCCCUCAGAGGAGCACCGCAGACUGGGAAGAUUCCCCCCAUCCCUUAGCCCCCCACUGGGAGCAAACCUCGACCAGGAGCAUCUUCGAUUGGAGCAACCCAGACCUGGAACACUCUGCGGGACCCAGCAGCGCCCCACUUCCAGCACUGCAGACACUGGGCAGGGGCAGCGUCCCACCUACAGCCUUCGCGGCGGCUGCCGGACGCUUUUUCUUUCUUCUGCUUUUUUUUGUACCCCCCCCCCCCCUUUUUUUUUUUUCCUCCAACCUUCUCUAGUUGCCUUAUAUCUUUAAUCACACUUGCGGCUCCUCUCUUUCCUUUCGUGUUUCACAGCGCUGGGGAGGCGGCGACUGCAGUUUCUCACCUGCUGUUUGAACUCCUGCCUCUGUCGCCAAGGCCACCGGGGUGGAGGAGGGACGGCCGCCCCCGCGCCAGCCUCGGGGACUCCCCUCUGAAGUAGACCUUGAAAAUUAACAAAAACCAAAACCAAGAAAAAAUAGCAGUGCCCUUUAUAAGGCUGUGUCAACCUUCACCAGAGGAAACAACACGUUUCAUUCUAUCCAAGAGAAACCACUGGAAACAGAAUCCUAAAUAUGCGUCCUAUAGAACUGCUCUUAACACUUUUGGCACUUAUGUUUACAAGCACCUCAGACUGGCCAAAAUCUGGAAAUAAUCCAUAUGUUUAACACCACUAGAAUGGCUAAAUUAUCAUAUACAAACACAACUGGAUAUGGCAUAGAUACUGCAUAACUUUGAGACAAAACAGAUCACUGCUCCAUGCAGCAACAUGGAUGCCUAUCAUAGACAUGAUGAUGUAAGAAAGAAUCCAGGCACAGAAGUGCACAUAUCGUACGGCUUUAUGUGUGUCGUACUUCUAAAACAGGAAAAUAAAUUACACUGUUUUGGACAUACCAUCCUUUCGGAUGUCAAUUGAAGCUAACACUAGCACUUACACCUGUAUCACACCUUCUACGUUGAAGGACCGAAAUGUAAAAUGGAGCUUCUAUAACAACCACCAAACACAAGAAACAUGUAUUUCACGUCAUAGCAUCACUGCAGUGGAAGGGGAAUUUUUCUAUCUGAGAUACUGCUCAUCAGCAUCUGAGCACGAUAGUGAAAAAAACACCAUAAAAUGGUACAAGAGCAGUGGAUCCCAUGGGCGCAUUGAGCUAACCUCAAGCAGUUCCCCCAGAAUUACUUUGCACGAUUAUGUUUUGGAGUUUUGGCCAGUUGAGUUGGAGGACAGUGGAUCUUACUUUUUCCAAAUGGGAAAUGAUACUCGUAAAUGGAAAUUAAAUGUCAUUGGAAGAAGUAAAGGCAGCUGUUUUGUUGAAAAACUACUGACUAGUAAAACUGUAGAAGUUCAGAAAUCUUUGCACGUAGCCUGUAAACAUGACUACUUUCAACCAUUGGCCAAUAGAACUUCACUGUAUAAGAACUGUGAAAAGAUAAAGAAUGGUACAAACCCAGUUUUACAGAAGAAUGCAGAGUUUGAAGAUCAGGGAUAUUACACCUGUGUGUUUUCCAUCCCUCAUAAUGGAAAACUAUUUAAUGUUACCAAAACCAUCAACGUAACAAUCGUUGGAGAUCGCAGUAAAAUAAUUCCUGUUCUUCUUGGACCAAAGCUUAACCGUGUGAAGGUGGAAUUAGGAAAAGAUGUAAACCUCAAUUGCUCUGCUUUGGCGAAUGAAAAGGAUCAGAUUUAUUGGAACUUGUGGGAUGAAAAUGGAAAGGAACCCAAUGUACAUGAAGAGAACGUAAAAAAAAAUAGGGCUCUGGACGGCAAAUUGUAUGUGUCAAGAAUGUUGAAAAUUGAGAAUAUUAAUGCAAAAAAUCUAAAAUUUUCAUAUAAUUGCACUGUGGCCAGCGAGGGAGGCACAGACACCAUAAACUUCGUCUUGUUGAAAAAAGAAGAUAUGGCUGAUAUCCCAGGCUACAUCUUCACCAGAGGAAUGAUUGUGGCUGUUUUGAUCUCAGUGGUAGUUGUGUGCCUAGUGAUAAUGGGUGUCAUUUAUAGAGUUGACUUGGCUCUAUUUUAUAGACAUUUCAUGAGAAAAGAUGAAACAUUAACAGAUGGGAAAACAUACGAUGCUUUUGUGUCUUACCUAAAAGAAUGUGGACCUGAAAAUGGAGAGGAGCACACCUUUGCUGUGGAGAUUUUGCCCAGGGUGUUGGAGAAACACUUUGGGUAUAAGUUAUGCAUAUAUGAAAGGGAUGUAGUGCCUGGAGGAGCUAUUGUUGAUGAAAUCCACUCAUUGAUAGAGAAAAGCCGAAGACUGAUCAUUGUCCUAAGUAAAAGCUACAUGUCUAAUGAAGUCAGGUAUGAACUUGAAAGUGGACUCCAUGAAGCUCUGGUAGAAAGGAAAAUUAAAAUCAUCUUAAUUGAAUUUACACCUGUCAGUGACUUCACAUUCUUCCCCCAAUCGCUAAAGCUUUUGAAAUCUCACAGAGUUCUGAAGUGGAACGCUGAUAAACCUUUGUCGUAUAACUCAAGGUUCUGGAAGAAUCUUCUGUACCUGAUGCCUGCAAAAGUGGUCAAGCCUCGUGGAACUGAAUCUGAAGUCUUCCCUGUUCUUUCACAGUCCUGAUCUUUAGAAAAGCCAAAUGUAAGAAAGAGCACUUGACGCUCUGGGCUCGGAGCGGAGGAGCCUAUUUUUAACAAAGGGCACUAUUAAAAAUAUUUGGCUUUCUGAAAAUCUUACUUACAGUCUGAAGAUGAAAGUCAUCACUAGGUUGCCAGAGAUAGGACUAAACAUUGAGCUGUGGUCAUGUGCUCCCAGUGGAACCCAGAAUUCAAAAGCAACAGACCUCUUUUGUUUCUUCCUCCUCCGUAAGUGUCUACAGGUGCUCAUUCUCAAUCCAUAUUCAGCAACGGUGAGGCUGGGCACAAAGCAAAGGAACUUACGCCCUACAAAAAGGGUACAUCUUCACAUUUUUAAUGCUCAUGAUUGAACUAAAGGAAUUUAAGUUCA